GAAGCCUUUCUUGCCAAUCGGCAAUUGCCUGAGCUGGGACUGGUGUUAUUUACCUUCGGGAAUGUCAGUGUAGUUGAUCGUGCUAAGGAGGUUUUUGCGAUUAAGCCUUCGGGUAUACCUUACCAAGAUUUGUCACCCGAAGUGAUGACAGUGGUUGAUUUUGAUGGCAAUGUGGUAGAAGGUACAUUACGCCCUUCUUCCGAUACCAAAACACAUGCAGUGCUUUAUCGUGCUUGGCCUUUGAUUGGCGCGAUUACCCAUACCCACUCAACCUAUGCAUCGAGUUGGGCGCAAAGUGGUCGUGAUAUACCGAUUUAUGGCACGACACAUGCUGAUCACAAUACGGUUGAUAUUCCCUGUACUUUGCCAAUGUCUGAUGAGAUGAUUUUAGGUGAUUAUGAGUAUGAGACAGGGCAGCAAGUUUUGCAGUGUUUUGAACAGCGUGAUUUAUCGUAUGAAGCGGUAGAGAUGGUUUUAAUCGGGAGCCAUGCGCCCUUUACUUGGGGUAAAACGGCAGAAAAAGCCGUUUAUAAUAGUGCCGUUCUUGAACAAAUUGCGCACAUGGCUUGGUUAACCGAACAAAUUAACCCGCAAACAAGUCGCCUUAAAGAUGCUUUGAUUCAAAAACAUUUUGAACGCAAACAUGUGAUCGUGAUCGAUUUAAAAAAAUAUGAAGUAUGGUUCGUGACGGGUAGUCAGCACUUAUAUGGUGCUGCCGUUUUAGAACAAGUUGCUAAAAAUGCGCAAACCAUUGCGAAUUACCUCAACAGCCAAGCGAGCAUCCCAGUACAGAUUGUUUUUAAGCCUGUUGUGAAAACGAUGGAAGAAAUUACCGCUUUGUGUAAAGAAGCUAACCAUACCGAAAACUGUGCCGGUUUGAUCACAUGGAUGCAUACAUUUUCCCCAGCUAAGAUGUGGAUUAAUGGCUUAAAACAACUUAUCAAACCAACUUUGCAUUUGCAUACCCAGUUUAAUCGCGAUAUUCCUUGGUCUGAAAUUGAUAUGAAUUUCAUGAAUCUUAAUCAAAGUGCGCAUGGGGAUCGUGAGUAUGGUUACAUCGUUACCCGCUUAGGUUUAAAUCGUAAAGUUGUGGUGGGGUAUUGGCAAGACCCUAACAUUUUAGGCGACAUCAAUGAUUGGGCACGCGCCGCUUGUGCAUGGCAAGAUUGGCAAGGAGCGCGUUUUAUUCGUUUUGGUGACAAUAUGCGUAAUGUUGCCGUCACCGAGGGAGAUAAAAUUCAAGCAGAAAUUGACUUUGGUUAUACCGUUAAUACUUUUGCCGUCGGGGAUUUAGUGAAAGUGAUUCAUCAAGUUAGUGAUGAUGCUAUCAAUGGCUUAUUACAAGAUUAUGCGGAACAAUAUGAAUUGGCGCAUAACCUGACGGAGUCUGGCGAUGCGCGUGAGGCUUUACGUGAGGCGGCUCGCAUAGAGCUAGGCAUGGAGGCUUUUUUGCAACAAGAAAAUGCCAAAGGGUUUACCAAUACCUUUGAAGAUUUGCACGGUAUGGCCCAAUUACCAGGGAUUGCCAGUCAACGAUUAAUGGCUAAAGGUUAUGGUUUCGCCGCUGAGGGUGAUUGGAAAACAGCAGCCUUGAUUCGAGCAAUGAAAGUGAUGGGAGCUGGUUUAGCGGGAGGCUGUUCCUUUAUGGAGGAUUACACCUACCACUUUGACCCAGCCAAUCCGAUGGUGUUAGGCGCGCAUAUGUUAGAAGUUUGCCCAACGAUUGCUGCAGCCAAACCGCGUGUUGAAGUCCAUCAUUUAGGCAUUGGUGGUAAAGCAGCACCAGUCAGGUUGGUCUUUAAUGCUAAAGCAGGACCUGCUUUAAACGCCUCUUUACUCAAUAUGGGCAAUCAUUUUCGUUUGUUAGUCAAUACGGUCAAAACGGUCGAUGCUCCUCAUGAAAUGCCUAAAUUACCUGUUGCAAGAGCUUUUUGGCAGCCCAAUCCUGAUUUGAAAACAGCUUGCGCUGCAUGGAUUUAUGCAGGCGGGGCGCACCAUACCAGUUAUAGUCAAAACGUCACAACCCAUAUGCUCGAUUGUUUCGCCGACAUAUCGCGUUGUGAGUUGGUACUCAUCGAUGAGCAAACGCAGUUGUCCCAGUUUCGCAAGGAGCUACGCUGGAAUGAACAGGCGUAUGCAAGA